AUGCGGAUCUUCAGGCUUCCCACUCUCCGUCUAGGCGACCUGACGCUGCGCAAUCGAAACGUCGUAGCUUCCUGUGUCCGGAACCGUUCAGUGCCCACGAAUGUCCCAAACGAUCUGAAUUUGGAGUACUAUGUGCAACGUGCAAGGGGAGGGGCUGGUCUCAUUAUGACUGAGGGAACGCUCGUGUCGCAGCAGGGCACCGAAUGGCCGCACAAUCCGGGAAUUUGGAACGAGGAGCAGGUCGAAGGGUGGAAAAAGAUCGUCGAUGCCGUUCACGCUAAUGGAACACAUAUAUUCUGCCAGCUAUGGCAUACUGGACGCGUUUCUCAUCCGGACAUGGACGAGCAGAAGAAGGCUGGAAAACCUGUUCCAGGACCUUCCGCGAUUGCGGCCCGAGGAGGCAGGUUCAGGCAGCUGCCCGGCCAGCCAGGAUACGUCACGCCGACGCCAAUAGAGGAUCCGUGGUCGAUCAUCGAAGAGUUCCGCCAUGCGGCGAAAAUGGCCAAGAAGGCCGGGUUCGAUGGUGUGGAAUUACACUCUGCAGGUGGAUACAUUAUCCACCAGUUUCUUGACUAUACUUCCAAUCAACGCACGGACAUAUGGGGCGGCUCCGUCGAGAACCGCUGUCGACUUGGCCUCGAGGUUCUGAAAGCAAUGGUUGAUGUCUGGGGACCUGCGCGUAUAGGGAUCAAGAUUAGCCCUUGUGGUGGGUACAACGAUGUCGGCAUGUCGCUCCCAGAUACGAUCCAUACAUUCAUCCACUAUAUCACCCAGAUCUGCGCCAUGAAGCUCGCCUACGUCCAACUCGUUCGGCACAACCCUUUGUUCGAGGCAACAGUCCCUGCGAGCGUGAACGGGACCGUGCAAAAGAUCAGGCGCUCCACGCCGCACGACGUGCUCGCCUAUGAAAGGCGGAACCCGACGGCAACGCGCGUGUUCGUCAACGGCGGGCUGACGCUAGACGAGGCAGAGGGGCUGAUCGCGGAGGGCGUCGUGGAUGCGGCCGUCUUCGCUGUCCUGUGGAUAUGCAAUCCCGACCUGCAGAAGAGGGCCGAGAGGGGCUUGCCAUUGAAUAAGGUCGUGGACCCGGUCACGUUCUACACGGCGCCGGAAGGCGAAGGCUUGAGCUAUGGGUACACAGACUAUCCAUUCGCUAAUACGGAUGCAAGUGUUAGCUCUGAGACACAUGAAGUUAGAGACGGCUAAGUAAUAGACUUGUAUCCCUUUACGAGUGGUUGGUAAACGAGUUUGAUAGAGGCGAUAAGACUUGCUUAAGCUUGCUUAUUCACUUAUUUUCAGAAGUUGCACGCCGCGAGUAGUUCACACAAGCACACAAAAUGUACACUGUAAUAUUGAGCUCCUCAGCGAGCCAACGGGUCUUCAUUUCAUUCAUAAAGGACUAGCAAGCUUGAUCGUUAUCUUUAAAGCGGCACCAAAACACAAAACUCGUCGCCAAAAUCUCCAAAGAUGCUUAGUCGAGGUCGUUGAGGCUGCGAGCCCUAUCG